AUGACUUCCAUUCAAGAGUUGCAAACGCUCAUAUUGACUACUCUCGACGCACAAGACUCAAUACCUGAUACCACAGAGCUUCGUGAAGAAAAUGGAGAAAGUAUAGACUUCUUAAAGGUCUUGGGUGCUUUAAACAGUUUAUUGGACAAAGAGAUGGUUAAAUAUGAUACCAUUGAAAGUGAAUUUUGGACAUUAACGGCAGAAGGCACCGAAAUUGCGGACACAGGAAGUCAUGAAGCCAAAGUAUUCGAGGCUAUUCCAGUUGGUGACGAAGGAAUAACUAUUUCAGAAUUACAGAAUUUACUUGGAGAAGCCGCAAAAAUUGGUCAAGGCAAGGCGUUCAAAAAUAAGUGGAUAGCAAAAAAUGGAAAUAAACUUUUACGUACAGUUGAUUCGAUCAUAGAUCAAACUCGAUUGGAUCUUGAGAAAAUCCGAUCAAUUGGAACGCAUUCUGAUCCAAAAGUUCUUAAUGAACUAAAAAAAAGAAAGCUGUGUGAUAAACAGUGGGUAGUAAUUCUAUUUGAAAUUCAUUGUCAUUCAUAA